CAACCCAUUACUUUAAGUAGCAACAGAGUGUCGUCUCUUCACAGUAUAAGUCAGUCGUUGGCACAUACUAUUAAAAUAUCAUUCACUCCGUUGAGUAGACGAAAAGAGUGCAUUUGUUUAAAUUUUAAAUAAGGAAAAAAGAGGAAACACUGCGAACAAUUUGGAUUCUCCACGUUUUUAUUUAUAUAUUUGGGGGGUUUGGCUCUACACCUACUCCAAGAAGCCAUCCAAGUUGUUGUUUAGGGCUUUUUUUUUGACCAGUCCAGGCGAGAGAUCUCUUCAUUUCUCCAAUGGCUUCCUCUUCUCUCCUCAGAUCCGCCGCCGCCGCUGCUGCUACUCGCGCUGACUUUUUCUCGUCGCCGUCGUGUGAUCAUUCCAAGGUGUCUUCUUCAAGUCUUGGAUUUAGCCGCAGCUUUUCUGGUGCUGCGAUUGCUACUGGGCCAUCUUCGUCUUUACAAAGAUGCAAUGCAAGAGCUGUGCAGCCCAUCAAGGCUACUGCUACUCAAGUGCCAGCCGCAGUUCAAAGGUCAAGUAGCACCGGAAAGACUAAGGUUGGGAUCAACGGUUUUGGUCGGAUUGGAAGGUUGGUCCUCCGCAUUGCAACAUCCAGGGAUGAUAUUGAGGUUGUAGCAGUUAAUGACCCUUUCAUUGAUGCCAAGUACAUGGCUUACAUGUUGAGGUAUGAUUCUACUCAUGGAAAUUUCAAGGGAACCAUCAAUGUCAUUGAUGAUUCUACUUUGGAGAUCAAUGGGAAAAAGGUUAAUGUUGUCAGCAAGAGAGAUCCAGCUGAGAUCCCUUGGGCUGAUCUUGGAGCUGAUUACGUCGUUGAGUCUUCAGGGGUAUUUACCACCCUCUCAAAGGCUGCAUCCCAUUUGAAGGGUGGUGCAAAGAAAGUGAUAAUUUCUGCCCCUUCAGCUGAUGCACCCAUGUUUGUUGUUGGGGUAAACGAGAAGACAUACCAACCCAACAUGGAUAUAGUCUCCAAUGCAAGUUGUACCACCAAUUGUCUUGCACCUCUUGCUAAGGUGGUGCAUGAGGAAUUUGGUAUAGUUGAAGGCUUGAUGACAACUGUCCAUGCAACCACUGCUACUCAGAAGACUGUGGAUGGACCAUCGAUGAAGGACUGGAGAGGAGGCCGGGGAGCUAGCCAGAACAUUAUUCCUAGCUCAACCGGUGCUGCAAAGGCUGUAGGUAAAGUUCUGCCAGAAUUGAACGGGAAACUUACGGGAAUGGCAUUCCGUGUACCAACACCAAAUGUUUCCGUUGUGGACUUAACUUGUCGACUUGAGAAAGGCGCCUCUUAUGAAGAUGUUAAAGCAGCCAUCAAGUUUGCCGCCGAAGGACCUCUAAAAGGCAUUCUCGGGUAUACAGAUGAAGAUGUCGUCUCUAAUGAUUUCGUGGGUGAUUCAAGGUCAAGUAUCUUUGACGCCAAUGCCGGGAUUGGAUUGAGCAAGUCCUUUGUGAAACUUGUCUCUUGGUACGACAACGAAUGGGGUUACAGCAACCGAGUUCUUGACCUUAUAGAGCACAUGGCUUUGGUAGCAGCCAGCCGCUAAACACACAACUCGGUUCUUCCACAAGCAUGAGACUUUCUACUUGGAUUGGUUUGGGUUCUAUUAGUUGCGAUAUCUUUUAAGGAGGUUUAGUUUGAAUAACGAGCCUUGCUUAUUUUUGAUUCUGUUUCAGUAUCUUUAACUACGGAUUUGGUCUAAAAGACAAAACGAUGCGACUCAAUAAGAUAUUUGUUGUACUUUACCAAGAUUAGCUUUAUCAGUAGCAUAAGCAACAAUUGUUUGGGAGC